AUGAAUGUGAUUAAAAGAAUGAAAAAAGAAAAAAAGUUGAACUUAAAAUCAAAAAUUUGUAUUACUAUGUCAUUACUCAAUGAAACCACAACACCAACUAAAUUAAAUAAGAAAAAGAAAAGUAUUUUCAAUUCAGAUUGUAUCACAUUUACACCUAUUGGUAGUGGUUCUUCAACACCUCGAAGAGAAUCUAUUAUUGGUUCAUUACUGAGUGAUGAACUUAAAGAAAUUAGUAUCGAAAGUGUUAUCAGUGAAUUAUAUUUUGAUCAAUUAACAUUAACUACAUCAAUAGUUCAUAUUAUAAAUAUUAAUUUACCAAAAACACAUAUUGUAUUACAUAAAUUUAUGCAUGAAUUAAAUGAAUUAGAUAAAUAUGUUACAGCAGUAUAUGGAAUAACUGCACCUUAUUUACCAAAGAAAUCUUUUUAUCCAUUGCAUAAUGAAGAAAUAACACAAUAUUUACAAGAAGUUAUUUGUCUUGAUAAGUUUUUUGAUUCGAUUUAUGUAAAAGAAUUCUUUCGUGAAAACCCUCAAAUAUCACAAUGUAUGUCUUUACAUCAUCCUCAAAUGUCAGGGUUAUUAAUGAAAGAAGGAUAUCUUUUAAAACGGUGGAAAGAACGUUUUGUAGUAGUAAAGAAUUCAUAUUUAUUUUAUUUUGUUAGUGAAAAAAGUAUGGUAAGACUAGAACAACCUCGUUGUAUUGUUUCAUUAUCAGGUGCUAUUCUAUCAACGAAUGGUUUGGUUAUUAAAAUUACUACUAAAGAACGUCAAGUUUUUAAUUUUUCUUGUACUAAUGAGACAACACUUAAUCAAUGGCUUGUUGCUCUUAAUGCAGUUAUUUGUUUUAAACCAUCCCCACAAAAACAACAAAGAAUGACAAAAAAAUAUACACUACUUGGAGUAGAUGAACUUAAUACACCAAUACAAUUAACUAAAGAAAUUAAAACUGUCACUCCUCGAAGAAGUACAGAAUUUCUUAUUUCAAGAGUAAAUUGUCUAAAAGAUGAAGCAGAUAAAAUAAUUGAAUCAUAUGAACACCAACCAGAUAAAGAAAGCCUUGUAAUGGUAUUAAAACAAUUUAAACAAAUUCAAUCAGUAGAUUUAUCAUCUACAUCUCUCAUAGAUUAUUACAAUAGUAAAAUUGUACAAUUUGGAGAUGAUCCUCUACUUUUUAGAUUUCUUCAAAUUUUUAAAGAAAUACGUGAAUUAAGUGGAAUACGUCCAAAUGUACCUAAAUUAUGUACCUCUCCUUUAGGAAGAUAUAGCCUUCAAUCAAAGUCUUCUAGUUCAUCAACACAAACAAGUCCAAGAACUUUAACAUCUCAAAUUACUACUCAAUGUCGAUUAUGUAAUAACACUUACUAUGUUGAUGAAUUAACUAAACAUUCUUAUUAUUGUAAAUUAUGCAAUGAGAUUUGUCUUAAACAAACUACCUGUAAAACAAGGUUAUUAGCAAUUGCUGAAGAGAUUAAUAAACAAAAAAGAUAUCAUAAAGGAAGUGUUGAAUAUUCUGGUCUUGCAGAAAAAGCUUUAAAAUGUUCACAAAUAGAAGUUAUUAAUCAAAAUAAUAUUGAUUAUAUGAAUGAUGCAGAACAAUUAUUACAACAAAGUAUUACUCAAAAGAGUGAUGUAUGUUAUAAAACAUUUGCACUAAUCGUAAUCAAAUUAAUUAAAUUAAGAAGACAAAUGUUCAUUAAUAUAUUAAAAGGUGAUUAUGGAGAAAAUGGCAAUAUGUGGGAAUUCCUUUCUGUUGUUAGUAAUGAAUUAGUAAUUGAAGAUCCUCAAUCAAAAUGGCAACAAGUUAAAUUAGAUGAUUUUGAAGUUAUUAAAAAAUUUAGUGAAGGGGCAUAUUCAAAGUUAUAUCUUGUAAAAAAGAAAACAACUGGAGACGUUUAUGCAAUGAAAGUGAGUAAAAAAUCAGACAUGAAAAGAAAAAAUGUUAUUGAUGGAGUUUUAGCAGAGAAGAAAAUUUUACAAUUAUCUAAUACUAGGAGAUGUAUUCACAGAGACCUCAAACCUGAUAAUGUGUUAAUUGAUAAAAAUGGUCAUUUAUUAUUAACUGAUUUUGGGUUAUCAGUUGUUGGACUAUGUAAUGAGCAACAUGGAAUUAAAGAAUCUAGACUAUUAUGUACACCUGAUUAUGUAGCUCCAGAAUCGUUAAGGGAUUAUUACUAUUGUCAAGCAAGUGAUUAUUUUAGUUUAGGGUGUAUGGUUUAUGAAAUGCUUAUAGGAAUACCACCAUUUCAUUCUGAGUCACCAAAUCAAAUCUUUGAAUUAAUUAAAGAAGGAAUAUAUGAUUGGCCCGAAGACAUCAAUAUUAGUGAAGAAUGUAAAGACUUUGUUAAUGGAUUACUUACUGUUGAUUAUAAUCAACGUCUGGGAGCUAAAAGUAUAGAUGAAAUAAAAAACCACAAAUGGAUGAAACCAAUUUCAUUUGAUAGUUUGUUGAGUGAAAGUAGAGAAGAUAUAUUCGUCCCUGAAUUAGAAAAUGAAUUAGAUACUGGUUAUUUUGAUAUCGACGUUGAUAGAAAUAAUACCUUAGUUAAGGAUGAAGAUUGGACUGGAGAUAACACAUUCUAUUCAUUUGAUUGUGUUAAUACUAAUCAAGUCAUUGACCAAAAUAUUGAAAUUGUUGAAAGAAGAAGUAGUGCAGUUAACCUUUGCGAUGAUGAAGAUGAAGGUUCACAAGAAACAACAAGCGAACAAGACGAUAACAAUAAUGAUAUGACUCGUUCAAUGAGCAUGUUUAACUUCCAUCAUAAAUAA